AUGCCACCUCCGAUCGCCCCAGAAAUCGCCGAACAAAUCCGCUUCAAAAAGUCCCGGUACUGCCGUCUCGCCGACCACAACGAUCUUCACAGCAUGGACAACGUCAUCGCACCAGACGCCACGUUCACAUUCUACAAUACCGACGGAUCUCUCAUGCGCGUUGAUGAGGUGGAGUUUAAGUUCGACUCGCGGGCCGCGUUCGCAUACUACUUUAGCGGGAUGUUUAAGACGAUGCAGACGGUCCAUCACGUCGGGCCAGGGGAGUUGGACCAAGUUGCUCCGGACGAGGUGAAAGCUGUCUGGUCGUUUAUUUAUCAUUGUGGGGCGAAGGGCAUGGAAAGUGGGAGGCAUGAGACCGGGGGAGGAUACUAUCAUGAGACGUGGAUGAGGGAGGAGGGUGGGACGGAGUGGCUGAUGAAGCAGAUGAGGAUGGAGCGGCUUUAUUUGCAUGUCGUGGGGGGUGUCCAUCUCCGCAUGUCAACAUGGAAGGCAGCCUCGCCUGCACUCUCUUCAACAAUCCGUCUGAACUCCACCAUGAAUCCUCAGUCUUGCACCAUUUUUUCACCUUCGUUGUGCACUUUGCCCAUCGAGUGCAGACAAGCCAUCUUGUGUAGCCUCUCAAGCGUGGCGACGCUCAAGGCAGCAGUACUGGCUCACCCCGCACUGUACUGGGCUUUUGCCGAUCGCAGCGAGUAUAUCAUCCGCCAGAUCAUACUCCACUCGAUCGAUCCAGAACUACUUCACGAUGCGGUUCUCGCCUUCAGUGCUCGAAGUGCGAAAGAAGACUGGAUGCCUGAGGAUGUCCUAGCGAUCUUCGACCAAUACCAGGCCCGCCAAUUCCCGUCCUCGUUCCGCUGGACCAUGCAAGCUGCAUCUUAUAUGGAGGAGCUGCAUCAAUGCAUUCAAUUCUUCAUCAGCGAUUUCGCCUCAUCCACCUUAGCAGAUACACCCAGAGCUUCAAUUCAGCCACUAUCGCUUGACGAAUGGCGCCGGGUGGCUAGGAGUUUCUACCAGCUGGAAAUCCACAGGCUGCUUUUCCGCUACGGCAACUGGGAUGUUGACAAGCGAGAGCAAUGGGGCAUGUACUACAAGCGCUUCUAUGUUUGGGAGCUCGAGCAGAUGAUCUGUGCGAGUGAUUAUUUGUUCCGGAGACUUGCACCGCUGUUCAAUGAUAUUGCGGCCCACGACAUUGAAUGGGCGUUUCGAGCGGUAGGCUACUCCCUGGUCGAGCCUUGGGAAACCGCCGGUCAACCGACUAUCAUGGGCAAAGUCCUUUUACAAAGCCUGAUGCAAUUGAAAAAGAUUAUCACAGCUGCAACAUACGAUGAACAAUACCGACUUCUGACACCCGCCGUAACUGGCCACGUCGCCCGUCUGCCCCACGACGAAAUGCCUGUCCAUAGGAUCGGUAUGGAUGAGACGACUCCAUUAGAAAAUUACCGCCCGGAAGACCUGGAAAGAUUCCCAAUGUUAGGGGUCCUCGAUCCCAACAGUGGCCCAUCACAGGUCUGGAUCUGGUCUCACAUGAAAAUGCCGGCACCGGACUUCGUCGGGGGCGUUGCGACGCGCGAGCUUCGUCGAGCGGGAUACGUGAUGUGGGAUUCCUCUCGCCUGGAAGCAAUGGGAUUCUUGACCAAUGCGCCCUUUCGAAUUCCUCCGCCGCUGGAUAUCAUCUUCUGGGGACAGCCUCCGGAAGAAGCCAUACAGUCGAUCCUGAAGCGAGUUAGGCUCUACUUGAUGGGUGCACGGGGAUGGUGGGCGGAGGACGAUGAGUCGCAAGUUCGCUGGGGGAAGCCUUGUCGAUUCGAAGAUAUUAAUUUCGAGACGCAGUCGUUUCGGUACUCGAUCACGCUAUAA